AUGUCCUCCCCAACUGAAUCAGGGAUUAAUCCUGACCCCCACAUGUCGGGAAACAGUGACUACUGGAAGGAGUUCUGCGAUAUCAAACAGAGUAAGUCAGGAGUUGUUACUGAGGACAGCGAAGAUGACCUCUCCAAAACACCAGAUGAAGGGGAAUUGGAAGCCACCUGGUUAACCACAAUUGGAUUAGGGCACUUUGUUUCCAGGAUAGCCGAAGGUGGUGAGCUGAAUACUGAUGAAGAUAUUGAUGUGAUGCUGUCCGCCCUUACAAAGCAGCAGCGAGCUACUGUCCAACGUAGAAUGGAUACUCUUACAGCUACAUGGGGACGAAGAAAGCAAGCUUCCAAAACAGAUGUCAGAGAUAUAUUUCCUGUCAAUGAUAUUGCUCAUGCUAAUCAAAACCACAUUUUAAGACCUCAUAGUCCUUUGUAUGGACAUGGUAGUAAUGUUCAUGGAUUCAGAGGCAGUACAUCAACCAUUUCUGAUCCCAAUGACUAUCCUUCUUCUCGUCGAUCAGAUAACAAAUACAGACACUUUUACAAGAAAGGACUUUAUGCCAUGGAUGGAGAUCCAAAUGCUUUCGAAAGUUCAAAUGGUUGUGGUAUUGAGAUGCUUAGCAUAAAUCCAAUGCACACCUGGAACAAGUGGGCUGGCAACAAUAUAAUAGGAAAGGUGACUACCCUUCCUAACAUCUCUGAACAGGAGUCUGAGAUGUGGUUUAUUGAAGACAGAAGUGAGAAUGGAUCUUCUAACAAUGAACUUCCUAACUUUUGUUUAGAACAUAGAGAAGAAGGCUAUGCAAAGUUGAGUGAUUUAAGCAAAUCAGAUAUGUCCCGUUUAAGAUGUUUGGCUGUUAUUGAAGUGUCCAUGUUAUUUGACCACUACAACAUUCCAGAUACCUCAAGGAAAGGCAAAAAACCGUCUAGAGAUCAUGGUAUAUUUGGUGUUCCAUUACAAGUACAAUUGGAGAAUGACCAAAGAAAGUAUCCCUUUCUUGAAGUUCCUCUCUUUUUUAAGCUGUUAAUAGAAUUUUUGAUGGAUUAUGGUGUCCAUGUGGAAGGAAUUCUCAGAGUUCCAGGAUCUGCUGGAAGAAUUAAGAAUCUGCGAAUGGAUCUAGAAGAACAGUUUUACCAAGGAAGGUUUGAUUGGAAAUCUAUGAGUUCUAAUGAUGCAGCUGCUUUGAUGAAGCAAUUUUUGAGAGAUUUACCCAACCCACUGCUUACUCAUGAAUACAGAGAAUCUUUUGCUCAAGUACAAUUCAUUUCCAAUUUGAGGGACCAACUGAAGGCAUUGAAUCUCCUUAUCAUGGCAUUGCCAGAUGCCCACAUAAAUUCUCUUGAGCUACUUUUGAGGUUUCUCAAAAAAGUUGUUGACUACAAGAAUGAAAACAAAAUGAGUUUGUCCAAUGUGGCUAUGAUAAUGGCCCCCAAUCUUUUCCUUCCUUCUUCAUCAAAAAAAUUAAAAAAUUUUAAAGAUUGGGAACUUUCUAUUGCUGUGCCUGCCAACAUUGUGAAACUGAUGGUGAAAUACAUAGACAUUCUGUGGACGGUACCACCAUCAAUGAUCCAACAAAUGAGAAGACGUUAUGAAUUAGAAAUGACAAGAAAAUCCAGAAGAUUAAAGAUUCUUGGUAGGAAAGAUCGACAAGAUCUACUUAAGAAAUCUGUCAAUUCUUAUGAGCCACAUGACAGCCAGGAAAAUGUGAUCCAUGUGCAAGCACCCCACUUGAGUAAAGCUGCUAUGAAAAUCCAUCUGGUAAAUAAAAUGACUGUAGCUGACAUUUUGGCUCGCUUCCAAGGAGUGGAAUAUUGUUCAGCUGAAAAUGGAAGUGAUCAGAAUCUAAAGGGCUUAUCUAAUCGAUCUCCUAAUCACAUUUAUUUGUAUGAAGUUGGAGGAAAUAUUGGAGAGAGGCGCCUCGAUCCUAAUGCCAUGAUGUCCACUAUACACCAGAUCAAUCCACAUGCAGAAUGGAUUGUUAAAACGAUGAACUAG